GAGUGUAUUUACGCUAGCAACCACUGACGCUGCCUCUCGAACAGGGUCCAUUUGUUAUUGCUAUUGCUCUUGUGUAUAAAUGCCUGAAUUCCAAGCUUUUACUGCGGGGGAUUUCGCAAGGAUUUCGGUCCGGGACGGUGCAGCGCGUUUUUUUUUUGUGUCGUGAAUAUUUCCGGUGGUUUUUAAAUCCAGUGAGAGAAAGGGCAAGUGAAUCUAGUGAAUCUUAUCAUCAAGAAACCAAGCAUUUAUUGUCAACAUGUGACAUUGCUUGAGAACGACCUACCUACAUAGACCAGUAACUGAACUAGUCCACCGCAGUUGAAAGUGUGCCAACUGCUAAGACGUUUAAAUUCCCUCCCGUUAUUUUGAUCUUGCCAUGUCAUCAUAUGCUGGAGCGUUAGUUGGUACUGGUUCAUAUAUCACUGUUAAAAAUGCCCUUGCGGCAAUUGGAGCAAUAACAUCAUUGAAGAUUCUAAUCAAAUUUAUCAGAUUUGUAUAUUCUUUGAUCAGAGGCCAUUUCUUGCCACGAUUUACCAGAACCAGUGUCCUGCAGCAUGGCAAAUGGGCAGUGGUCACCGGCUGCACGGACGGCGUUGGCCGCGCCUACGCGCGCGAGCUGGCGCGCCGCGGCUGCUCCAUGGUGCUCAUCAGCCGCAGCCAGCAGAAGCUGGACGACUUUGCCGGCGAGCUCCGCCACGAGUUUGGCUCGGAGGUGGUGACCGUGGCGGCCGACUUCAGUCAGGGCCGCCAGGUGUACGGCCCCAUCGAGGAGAAGACGCGCGGCCUCGACAUCGGCAUACUGGUGAAUAACGUCGGUGUGAUGCUGCCGUACCCGAUGCGGCACGCGGACGUGUCCGAGGAGGACGUGUGGCGCCACGUGCUGGUGAACGUGGCUCCGGCGGCGGCGCUCUCCCGGCUCGUACUGCCGGGGAUGGUGGCGCGUGGCCGCGGCGCCGUGGUCAAUAUCUCCUCCAGCUCCGCCAUCGGACCGAUGCCCCACAUGAACAUCUACUCGGCCUCGAAGAAAUUCCUGGAGUACUUUUCGCGCGCGCUGGCGGCCGAGUACCGUCCGUACGGCGUCACCGUGCAGACCGUGAUGCCGUUCUACAUCGCCACCAACAUGACCGCGUACUCUGACAAGAUCGGCCGCGCCAACCUGUUCGUGCCGGACGCACCGACGUUCGCCGACAGCUGUGUGCGCACGCUGGGCCGACUCGAGUCGACCACCGGCUACUGGACCCACGAACUGCAGUACUUUGUCUGCUCGAACGUGCCCUCCUGGUUGUGGAUGUCUCUGGGCGAGGAGCUGCAGAAGGAGCUCAGGAGGGACGCCAUCGGCAAGCAGAAGAGCUCCUAGAGCGGCGGUCUCUGCCGGGCGCCGGCGGCCGGAGAGCGUUAUAUAAGCCCGCCGGCCGGAGCCGCGCGCCGCGCCGGCUCACCAAACUGGUACAACUGGUGGACGUGCUCAUGGUGACCCCGGUGCAGAGAUAUGAGGGGGCGGCGACCCGCCGUGUUCGUGUUACCUGCCGCGGGGCAGUCACCGCCCAGCCGGUCAAACUUUGGGCGGCCGGGAGCUAUACUGGGGAAUGGGUGCGCGUAUAUUUACCGGUAGACAUUAUCCCUCAUAUCAUUUUCACUAGUAGUUGCUACAGUUUAUCAUACCAGAGCGCACAAUCAUAUAUGUUAGUUGCCGCCCGAGCUUCAUACAGGGUAUACUGAACAGUUGAGCACCAAGUAUCUGUACCCUGGACCAGUGAGCUCUCCAGGUGGCCAGCUGCGGCCGGGGGGGGGGGGCACGGAGUGGGGGGGGGGGGCUGUCGGACAGUGGGCGGAGGAUAUCUAGUCGGAGGGCGGGCAGGGCCGUGCAGCCAAUGGUCUGCUGGGGAUCCCUACCCCCUGAGAGGGCGGCUGUAGGGAGGGGUGGUAACGUCACCUAGGAAGAUGGCAAAACGGCCCCUGGGUAGGGUAAUGCCGCCCCUUUCAAUGGGUACGGCCCUCGGGAGGACGGGGGACGCCGCUCGGGGCGCCUCAGUGACGCGCGCGGGCGGACCGUGGGCCGGCGGUGAGCGCGCUGUGUGUGGCGGGAUGGAGGGGCGAGCCGCCCCUAUCUGCCAGCUGGUGUGUCUCGCCUGUGACGGCGCCUCCGAUUGCCGCGUCCAAUUUAGGCAUCGUGUGAGCGGCGCGAAAUUCCAGCGUGCACUGAUCGGUGCCGAUUUGCAGAGAAACCCUCCGAGACGAGCCGACAGUUAUGCUCUUAGCUGCGAGAUGUUAUGAUUGCUCACUAUGAGAUCAGAGAUGGAGACGGAAUGCAUCAUGCUUUAGUAGUAAACGCAGUUUAGUUAAAAUCAAUGCAACUAUAGAAUAGACGGUGUGCUGAAUGAAGCGUCAGUGAUAUAUCAUUACUCCAAAUGUGCGCGGACUGUGACCGCACCAGUUGUGGGAUAAAUCGGGGGCGUGCUGUACCAAUAUACGAAACAAAUACUGA